CUUCAGAGGCGGAUGAAUCGUGAGUUACUGUAACCUGUGAGCCAAAACAGGGUCACCUCUUAUAUUUCUAUGUUUCCAGCUCCUUCCAGGUACCUUCAGGAGGAAUUUCGGAAGGUUUCCUUUGGUGCUAGGCGGAAUUUGGUCGUUGGUUCGCCUCCCUGUCGGUGCCGUUGGUAAUGACAGGCAGCAGCAGGGUGUCAGGAGCUGACCGGUGAUAAGAGAUAAAGUGGGUUAAAGGCGGCUGUCAGGGACUGAUAAAGUCUCCAAUAACGGUCUAAAAAACCACAAUGUAGCGGAGAGAAGCCUAAAACGGAUCUGCUGAGGAUAUGGAGCGCUGAGCUACAAGCUGGGACGAUUGAAAGCUUCUUCAAGUGGAUUUACAUCGGUACUGUCCGUCAUUGAGUCUGGAUGGCUCUGUGAGACAUCCUCGCUUUGGUUUUAAUCACAUUUGCUUUAUUUCUGGCACCAACUUGGACAAUGCGGCUUUUAAUUCGCAUGUCGAACUGCACAAACAGGAUGUACUUCUGUAAAUUAAAACUGGCCCAGUCCAGGUUGUUGUGCCUUGAACACCGGGCGGUUCUUUCAGCCGCUCCCUGGAGGAGGAGGCUGUCCUCCGGGGUGAAGACCUCCGCUUGUCCGCCACCAGUCAGCCCCGUCCUGUGGACGCUGACCUCCGGUCACUCUUUUCUCCGAGGACGGCCCCUCAGUCACACACCUGUUGCUUUCGCCAGCUCAUCGGCGGCCUCCACACCUGCAGCCGAGGCGGAGAAGAGCCAGGACAGAGAGCAGAGCCCCACCACCGUCCCCAUGGAUGAUGUUAAAAAGAUCCUGGUUCUUGCUCACCCAGAGAGAUGGAGGCUGGCAGCCGCCAUUGGUUUUCUCACCGUCUCCAGUGCCGUAACCAUGUCGGCUCCCUUCUUCCUGGGCAGAGUCAUAGACACCAUCUACACCUCCGGGACGGAUACAGAGACCAUGACGGCGUCUCUGACAUCUCUGUGCAUCAUGCUGACAGGGGUUUUUCUGUGUGGCGGCGCAGCCAACGCUGCCAGGGUCUACCUCAUGCAGGCAUCAGGUCAGCAGAUAGUGCGUAAUCUCCGAACCUCUGUGUUCUCCGCCAUCCUCAGGCAAGAAGUGGCUUUUUUUGAUAAGAACAGGACCGGAGAGCUCAUAAACAGGCUGUCUGCGGACACGGCCGUGGUGGGCCACUCCAUCACUGACAACCUGUCAGAUGGGCUGAGGGCUGUCGCACAAGCAGCUGCCGGUGUCAGCAUGAUGUUCUAUGUCUCUCCCAGUCUUGCGGGCUUUGUUCUGUUGAUUGUUCCCCCCAUGGCCAUUCUUGCUAUCAUCUAUGGCAGAUACCUUCGUUCUAUCUCCAAGCGUACACAGGAUGCACUGGCACAAGCCACUCAGUUGGCGGAGGAGCGGAUUAGCAACAUCCGGACUGUCCGCGCCUUUGGCAAAGAGCUGUCAGAGGUGGACAAGUACACCCAGAGGGCAGACGACGUCCUCAGCCUGGCUCAGAAGGAGGCCCUGAUCAGAGCCGGUUUCUUUGGAGUGACUGGUCUGAGCGGUAACCUCAUGAUCCUGUCAGUGCUCUACAAAGGAGGCCUCCUGAUGGCCAGCCAACACAUGACUGUGGGAGAGCUCUCCUCGUUCCUCAUGUACACCUUCUGGGUGGGAAUCAGCAUCGCAGGUCUCAGUUCGUUCUACUCUGAGCUGAUGAAGGGUUUCGGAGCUGGAGCCAGACUCUGGCAGCUGCUGGACAGAAAGCCCCAGUUUCCUGUAAAUGAGGGCCAGGUCCUUGUUCCAGAUCAGCUGAAAGGCCAGCUGGAGUUCUGCGAUGUCUCUUUUGCCUACCCAACUCGGAAGGAGGCUCCUAUUUUCCAGAAUCUGAACCUCCGGGUCCCGGCUGGAACCAUCAUGGCCGUGGUGGGACCCAGUGGGUCAGGGAAGUCCUCCCUUGUGUCUUUGCUUCUCAGGCUUUAUGACCCAGAUAAUGGUAUCAUUACUAUAGACGGUCGUGACAUCAGGGAUCUAAAUCCCAACUGGCUCAGGAAUCACAUUGGGACCGUCAGCCAGGAGCCAGUUUUGUUUUCCUGCUCCAUCAGAGAUAACAUUGCGUACGGCGCUAUGGACCCACAAGCUGUGACCGCAGAGGACAUCUACAAUGCCGCCAGAGUGGCCAACGCCUAUGAUUUCAUCCAGGCCUUUCCCAAAGGCUUUGAUACUGUGGUGGGAGAGAAAGGAGUGCUGCUGUCAGGUGGGCAGAAGCAGAGGAUAGCCAUCGCCAGAGCUUUGCUUAAGAACCCUAAGAUUUUGCUGUUGGAUGAGGCCACCAGUGCGCUGGAUGCUGAGAAUGAGUUCCUUGUUCAGGAGGCUUUAGAGCGCCUCAUGGAAGGGAGGACGGUGAUGAUCAUCGCUCACCGUCUGUCCACCAUCAAGAACGCCGACUCUGUGGCCGUCCUCGACCAGCAGCGGGUGGCAGAGUGCGGCCAUCCCACAAAGCUGCUGGGAAACAGGGAAGGGCUUUUCAGGAAGCUAAUGGAAAAACAGGCGUUUCUGCAGGAAGAACAGCAGCGAGCGCUCCUCUGAGAGCAGACG